AUGGUUUUCUUUAAUCAAACCUUGAAUCAUUUCUUUGCUCUGCUUCUCAUCUUCUUCGCCUUCCUCCUCCUGAUCUCCUUUUCUUCUUCCCCUGCCUCAUGCAACGAAAUCCAUCCCAAGAUCAACACUGCCGAUCCUUCCCAUCGCCAACCACCCUCAGCGUACCAAGUGCUGCGCAUCAAGAACACCACACCCUUCUUAUUGAAUAAGCCGGAGAGGGGAUUCGAGAAAAAGAGAAAGAGGAAGAUGACGAAACGAAGGAAGAUCAACAUGGAUAGCAACUUCAAGACCAGGCCUUUCACCGUCAUGCUUCCCAAGGGUUUCGUCCCUCCUUCGGGUUCAUCUCCGUGCCACAAUGACAAGCCCGACUCCGCUGUUGCCCAGGACCUUAUCUGUGGCCUCUCUGGUGCUACUGCCAAACCCUAG